GGAGAUUGGAAAUUAAUAAUAUUCAAUCCUCAAAGUAGCCCACUUCCAGUUAGAGAGGCAGAAAGUCGUAGUAAAGCUGAAGAUCUAGAAGAAAGGUGGUUGGUUGACUCAGACGGGAAAGAGAUUUACAGAGAAGGAGAUUGAAAAGGGACCGAUAAAGAAGUGGGGAGAGUUGGAGAGAGGGUUACAAGCAAGGUAUGAAUUCUUAUUUCGCAAACCCGUCGCUCUCCUGCCAUUUAUCCGGUGGUCAAGAUGUUUUACCUAACGUUCCUCUAAACUCCACCACCUAUGACACAGUCAGGCAUUUUUCGUCAUAUGGCGCUGCCGUGACCCAGAAUCGGAUAUAUGCACCUUUCUACUCUCCUCAAGAUAAUGUCGUUUUUGGCUCUGGCAGGGCACAGUAUGAGUAUGGAUCAAACGUAUUUCUCCAAGACAAGGACGUGCUGCCCAGCUGCAGACAAACAAACAUGGGACUCAACACACAAAGCCACAUUGCUCAAGAGUACAGUCUGGAUCAAGGAAGAGCAGGAGCCCAGGAGCAGAAAAGUAACAUCCCGAUCUACCCGUGGAUGCAGCGAAUGAACUCACACAGCGCAGGAGUUGGCUACGGGACGGACAGACGCAGAGGACGUCAAAUAUACUCUCGCUACCAAACACUGGAGCUGGAAAAGGAGUUUCACUUUAACCGCUACCUGACUAGGCGUAGACGCAUUGAAAUCGCAAAUGCGCUCUGUUUAACUGAGAGGCAGAUCAAAAUCUGGUUUCAGAACCGACGCAUGAAAUGGAAGAAGGAGAGCAACCUGACCUCCACGGUGACUGGAAGUGAACAGACAGGAGCCUCACAACAAGAGGAACGCAGUGGUGCAGUGGAAGAAGGGAAGGAUGAGGACAAGAAGAAAGAAUAGUUAAAAGACUGGGGGGGAAAUCGCCCGAUGACCAUUUAAACCCAACGUAACUACCUAAAAAUCUAUAUGGACUUGAGAACGACUUCACUGCAUGAUGGCUACCCCGAUGCUCUUCAUUUCAUAUUGACCACAGGAGUGUGGAGCCUUAGAUAUGAUUUCAGCUGCAGUUUGGUCCCUAUGAUAUUUGGAGCAUUGAGUGGGUUUUAUUAUUAUAAUUAUUAUUACGAUGUCUCACUUUCAUUGUGAAAAUAAUAAUAAAAAAACGUAUUAUUCUUUCCGUUAUUUCCCAUGCCGGGAAAUCUGUGUAGUUACCCCAUCACCUCAUCCAUCACUGUGAACUCUUUGAUCACCUCACUAAAUACAGUGUUGGCUUGACUUAGCUCAUUAUUGUACAUGCACAUUCCACGGCAUUAAGUAAAGGACACUCGAUACUUGAAUCUUCCGCAGAAAAGUGCCCUGCAUUAACCUAAAAGUUGCACGGACAGUGUCCAGUCCCCACACAACCACAACUGAAAGACCUGUAUAUAUUUAAAAAAGCAACAGAAUAUUGUGUAAAUUCUUCGAAGACUUGUGCAUUUAAUCGCUUCGUUGGGCGCUGCAUUAUGUAAAAUAGCGCCCAAUUCUUUGUUUUUUGAUCAUUUGACACAAUAGACUUUUCUUGUGAGAUCAAUUUUUACACAAUUAAUUUUUCACUUUUCUUUGAGAGUCUCAAAAUCA